CGCAGCCGCCCCGCUUCGCCCAGGCAAUGACAGCGGCUCCGGCCCCCUCCCCGCAGCAGAUCAGGGACCGGCUGCUGCAGGCCAUCGACCCGCAGAGCAACAUCCAUAACAUGGUGGCAGUGCUGGAAGUCAUCUCCAGCCUGGAGAAAUACCCCAUUACCAAAGAGGCACUUGAGGAAACAAGGCUUGGGAGGCUCAUCAAUGAGGUGAGGAAGAAGACAUCCAAUGAGGAGCUUGCCAAACGUGCCAAGAAGUUGCUGCGGAACUGGCAGAAGUUGAUAGAGCCUGUAACACAGAGCGAAGCGGUGCCACGGGGGCUGCCGAACCCCCCCGGCUCAGCAAACGGUGGCGCUCACAACUGCAAGGCAGAAGCGCAGCUUCCUGCAGUGGCUGGGUCGAAGCCCAUCAGUGAAUUGAAAAGCAGGAAUGAUAUCCAGAAACUAAACUCUCCCAAAGCCGAGAAGUUAGGGAAUCGGAAAAGGAAAGGUGAGCACAGGGAUGGGCAUCAGGGCCCAUCUCUCCCAAAAGUCUCCAAAGCUAGUCAUGAAGUAUUACAAAACUCUUCACCCCCUCCAACCAAUGGAAUUGGAGGCAGUCCUGAGAAUUUUCCUAGCCCUGUCGAUGUAAACCUACACGCAGGGCCUGAAGGCAGUAGGACAGAACUCAGUGAAAAUGAUAAACACAAUAAAAUCCCAGUAAACGCUGUAAAACCUCACACCAGUUCUCCAGGACUUGUAAAACCUUCAAGCACUUCCUCGUUAUUAAAGACUGCAGUGCUUCAGCAGCAUGAUAAAUCGGAAGAAACCAUAGGACCGCACCAGCCCAAGAGUCCUCGCUGUUCCACUUUUAGCCCUAGAAAUGUCAGGCAUGAUACUUUUGCUCGGCAGCAUACGACGUACUCACCAAAGGAUUCAAUGCCCAGUCCAUCUCAAAGGUCUCAGUUCUUAGAUACUGCACAGGUGCCAUCGCCACCACCAUCCUUGAUGCAACCUUCAACACCUCCCUUGCCAGCAAAAAGACUGGAGUUCUCUCAGCAGGCGGUAGCUGAGGUGUCUCAGCACUGGCCGGAGCAGCAGGUACCUUCGGAAAGCCAGCACAGGCACCCAGCAGGGACCCUACAACAGCACACAUCUCCCAGCUGCAAAACCAGCUCCCAGCCUGGGGAAUCUCUCCCGUCACACACAGGCUUUUCACAGGACACUUCCAAAAUGGACAGCGAUGAUGCUGCUUCAGGUUCCGAUAGCAAAAAGAAGAAAAGGUACCGACCCAGAGACUAUACUGUCAACUUGGAUGGGCACGUGACAGAAGGGGGUGUGAAACCUGUGAGGUUAAAAGAGAGAAAGCUCACUUUUGAUCCCAUGACAGGACAGAUAAAACCUUUAACACAGAAAGAUCCUUUGCAGGUAGAAAUCCCUGCGCUUACUGAGCAGCACAGGACAGAAACGGAAAAGCAGGAGCAAAAACCCAACCUGCAAAGCCCUUUUGAACAAACGAACUGGAAAGAGUUAUCCAGAAAUGAAAUCAUUCAGUCAUAUUUAAACAGACAGAGUAGCUUGCUGUCUUCAUCAGGAGUACAGACUCCAGGAGCUCACUACUUCAUGUCUGAGUAUUUAAAGCAGGAGGAAAGCACUAGAAAAGAGGCUAGAAAGACUCAUGUUCUAGCUCCUAACAGCAAACCUACAGACUUGCCUGGGGUCACAAGGGAGGUCACAAGUGAUGACCUCGACAGAAUAUGUGAACAUCACUGGCCAGGCGUGAACGGUUGUUACGACACACAGGGUAACUGGUAUGAUUGGACACAGUGCAUAUCUUUAGAUCCACACGGGGAUGAUGGUAGAUUGAACAUCCUGCCUUACGUCUGCCUAGACUGACUUCCAGGUUUGCUAAACCCAAUGCUUUUUACAUCUGCAGUUAGCAAAACCGGCAGGCGCGAUGCCACUUCCAGAUGGAGAAAGCUCCUGUCCUGGACAACCAGGCCCAACGAGCAGAGGGUGGGAGGGAGCUGGCUCGCUCCAGCUCUGUCCUUUCAAUUCUCCUUUUGUGAAAUGCUGCUACCAGUUUACUAACAAUUGCAAAGGAAGGCAUACGAAGGUUGAUCCAUUGAGUUCCAAACUCUUUAUAGCAAGCCAGCUAUAAAAAAAGUGUUAGUCCCCGAGAAGGAAGAGGAUUUCCAGCACUUUCUGAAUGCCGGAAUCUGAUUACAGGCAGGUACAGAGAAAAUUGUGGAAGUUACCUUAACAAAAAUAUGCAUCUAUUUAUUUGACUUGAUUUGGGGUUUUAUUUGGCAGUGAGAUAUUGGAGAGACAAUGUGCAAACCCUGUAGUUUUAUUUGUCACAUCUCUGAACAUGAUUGCGUUGGGGGGGGGAGGGGGUGUUUGGUUUUUCCAAGUCAUGUGGUACGGAGAUUGGGUUUUAAACAGCCGGUGUUGCACUGCAGGCUGGGAGCCCAGCUUCAGCUCAACAUUCCAUAGGCAUCCACAUAUUUUAGUCUGGUUUCAGUUUAAAUCCAGUCUCUGAGAAAUGCUGCAAAAACAAAAAAUCCUAGAUGUUGAAUGAUAUUUUUGAUCCCACCACCUCCAGCCAAAUAUUUUUCCUCCUUUUCCCUUCCUGCAAACUUCCAGGAAAAAAAAAGAGAAAAAAAAACACAAAAAAAAAGCAAAAAAAAAUUAAAAAAAUUAACAAAAAUCACCUUUUCUAGAACCUAAAUGUAAUGAGGGUGCUACAAGUUUGUAACUGUACUGUGAGAGGGAAAAAGGAAGCCUGUUUGUAUGCUGGAAAUAUACUUGUUACCAUUCCUUUAGAUAUUGUUUGCCUUAUGGAUAUCCAUCAUAAACGCAAUUUGCAAAAACAAAGAGCCUUAGUGAAUGUACAGUAACCAGACUUCUGUGUUCCUGGGAUGCAGAAGGGAGCAACUUUGCUAUUUGGUCCUUUAAGUGGACACAUUGUGAUAUAAAUGUGGAAAUAAAGAAAAUUUGCACAAACCA